AUGGUUCUCUCUGGCAUUGGCAAGACAACUGUUUUAGCGUUAGUUGGAGUAACGCUUUCAGGGUUAUUCUACAAACCUCUCGUGUCCAAAUUAGAUACGCUCUACAAUCUGCCACCAGCAUGGCACCCAUUUGAAGACGGCUCCGUUAACAUCCGCUUCACUGAUAUUAUCGAAAAUACGGAAGAUAUCCUCAUUGACCAUGAUCGCGCCAUCGCCAUAAUCAGCUUUGACCCGGGAAGAACAGAAUGGAAUACUGUCAUGGGAGUCUUCAAGAAUCCGGAUCCAAAGGGAAGCCUGGUGAUCUUUGAUUAUGCCUCAACAGGAAAAACAAAAGAACUCGAACUGAUCGACUUUCCUGAAGAAGCUGACUUUCACCCUUUGGGAGUGAACAUUUUCCGCAGCUCCCCAGAUGCUUCAACGCGGCUUUUUGUUAUCAACCAUCGGCGGACAGGAAGCACCGUCGAGGUAUUCGACGUCAACUAUGACUUACACCAGGCGAAGUAUAUUCGAACGAUAUCUGAUAACGAUAAAACUAUCGUUUCUCCCAACUCCAUUGCCCCAGUUUCUUACACCCAGUUCUAUGUCACGAACGAUCAUCGCUAUAUCGCGAGGACAAGUCCAAUUCUAAGUAAAAUAGAAACAUUCUUCUCAAGACCGUGGACUUGGGUGACCUUUGUGGACUUUUCUUUUCCUGAUGAUUUCAAAUGCACAAUUGUCGCCGACAACAUUGCCUUCUCGAACGGAAUUCUGGUAACCCCAACUGGCAAAGAAGUUGUUGUCGCCUCUUCUUCCUCGGAUGCCCUCUACAUUUAUAAACGAGACCCCAAGACCAAUCUGCUAUCUAAAGAUCGGGAAAGUAUCCCGGUGAAUUUCCAUCCCGAUAAUAUCAACUUUGAUGACUCUCUCGAUAUCUCUGACCCAACUGUAUUUGACGCGGAAGGGAGAUUUCUUCGGGGACUAGUCGUUGCUGGCCAUCCAUCCUUGAUAAAAAUAUUUAAAAUGUCCCGCAACCCUGGAAGUGCCAAUGCGCCGUCUUGGGUGGCUGAGAUACGUCGGGGCACGGGGGCAGAUCCAGCGCCGUGCCCGGCCGGCCCCCGGCAGGGAGAGUUGUAUUCUCUCACUUUGUAUCAAAGUAAUGGAGAGCAAUAUAUGUCCAGCACUACGGGCGCCCUAGACUCUAAACGAGGGCAUUUACUGGUUUCCGGACUGUAUGCCAAAGGUAUUUUGGAUAUUUCAUGGAAGGUGUAG